AUGGCGUCGUCGGGCCUUGCUUCUACCUCCACUGCUGCUGGAUUCGACCCUAGCCUCUACGGCUACGUGAUGCGUAUCGGAGACCGUUCCAAGCUGUCGACGAGCACCAGCAUCAACGACGAUAGCAGCAGUAGCAGCAGCGACGACAGCUGCAGCAGUAUUAGCAGCAGUAGCAGCAGCAGCAGUAGUAGCAGCAGCUCUUCCAGCAGCGACAGCGACGUCGUGCCGACCGGCGCCUCCCAGUCGAAAGACAUCGAAAGCGUGCCGAGCGAGCCACAGAUCUGGAUUCAGCCGAACCUCGUCCGUCCGGCGGACUUUCCUAGUGACCACCCGGACCAAGUUCACGACUGGAGCGCUUGGCCCCAGUUCCCUCCCAAGAAGAAGGCGGAUCCACAGCGGGCGAUCCUGGACAGACUGCCGGCCAUGCUUCCCCAUGUCACCCUGGUCAACCAGCACGAGUUCCUGCUGCGUAGGAUGGAACUGCGGAUACACACACUGGGCAGCGUGGCAACGGUGUUCGUCAAAAAUGACCGUGCCUCGUCCCUCGCCUGCAGGUUCAUGAAGCCAGCGCCUGAAUUUCGGAUCACAAACUUGGUGGAUGAGUGGCAGUACAAGGCCUGGCUCACCUUCACGGAUUCCACUGGGCGCCAAUGCGUUGGUCAGUACUGCCACCCGGAUUCACCGCGGCCCGGUUCCUGGUUCAACGGCCGCGUGCUGUCGUUUUCCAAGGUCAAGCUCUUCUCCAACAAGAAAAAGAUCCCGAACCCGCCUCCGAUCACUCUGAGGUGUUACCGCACUUACCACAUCCAAGUGAAUGUUGGGAUUGUGGACGAUAACGGAUACAUCGUCAGCGCAUCGGUCGUCCGGCAAUCUGUUGGUGCCGACUUCAUUGCCGUCACCAGUAGCAUUACUAGGUGGGUGUUGUGCUUUGCAUGCUGGCUGUUUCUUUUGCAAACCUCUGUAUUUCAAUGUCCUCUUCUUUCUCAGUCUCUUUUCUUUCUACAGCUGAUGAAACCACGCUCAGAAUAUUAUUGUAAUCUUAAUUUUUUUUUUUGCUUUUUUUCUCAGGCGUCCAGUCAACAGCGGUACAAGACAGGCGCGCUGACUGAAGUUCUCAAGGCUGUUUAUGUAAUAACAGUAAUAAAUAAAUAUUUAUUUGUGAGUACAAACAGUCCCUUUUUUUUCCUUGUUUAAUGACAUUUUACAGUACAACCAAGACAAAGAAUGCAAUGGUGGUGUGCCUACUGAGGUAUAGAAAAAUACACCAGCUGCACACAUGGCGAUGCUGCAGGUAGGUUGUCACCCUGAAAAGAAAGAAAACAAAGCGGAAGCGCUCUCCGCAGAUAAAUAAGAACACCCUAGUACCCUUGCAUACCUCAGAAAAAGUCCAUUACGCACAGAAUGCAGCC